GUCAUACUCAAAGUUCUGUCACUAGUGUACAAAGUGCGUUAUCAAAUCUGUACAAACAUUUGUGCAGAUUAUACAAUUAAAUGCUACUGCUCUAAUUAUUUGUAACUACACUUACUACUUUGUAACUGUGAGAGAUUUAUUAUUUUUAUAAUUGAUGGGAUGACUAACUUAGAAAGAAUGCAUUCUGACUGGGCUAGUGUAGGUUGUGUCACCUGGCAGGCUGUGAUUGAUGUGAAGAGCUGUUUUGGGGGGUAAGAUGAGAUAGGGAUUUGUGUUUCCAGAUACUGGAAUAUACUCAACCUAAGGAAUGGAGGAUAUGACCUACCAGGCUUGGUGGAGUGACACUAGAGGGUGUCUAAAGGGGGCCAAAAUGUACUUCUCUGUUUGUGUUUUAUGCUUUAUUAAUCAAGUUAACCAUGUGAAUGUUUGUCUUUCCUUAUGUUGAUGGUUUGAAGUUCUUUGAUGACUGGUAAACAAUUUGCAAGUUGGGUGUAGAUGGACUGAGGGUUUUAAUUUUUUUAGUAUCAUUAUGGCCUAUUAAUAAAAGUGUGAUUAUUUUUGUUUGUAUUGUAUUAUAAUGAAUGACACCCUGUGUUUUCUAAUUUUGAAUCACACCCUAGUGGGUGUGAAAAGAGGGAUUGUGAGAGAUUUAUUAUUUUUAUAAUUGAUGGGAUGACUAACUUAGAAAGAAUGCAUUCUUGACUGGGCUAGUGUAGGUUGUGUCACCUGGCAGGCUGUGAUUGAUGUGAAGAGCUGUUUUGGGGGGUAAGAUGAGAUAGGGAUUUGUGUCUCCAGAUACUGGAAUAUACUGGUUCUUUGUGAUCUGUGAACAUUCCUUGGACGUAGGAAUGGUGUCUAAGGGAGCUGGCUCUUCUCACUAUGACAGGUUGUUAUGAUAAACGUAUGCCUGGUAACAGAAGAGGCGGGGAACGGAUAGGCUGAGUAAGUCUAAACCACGCUCAAGUCUCUGUAUAUACGAAACAUCAUAUUUACCAUUGAAGGUUUUUGCAUUAAUUAAAAUAACUAGUAUAUCUUAGAAGUCGUGUUGACCUCUUUUGUUCCUAAUACCAGAUUUGAAUUGACGCAACUUUGACAUAACGCUCGCAGGUAAGUGAUUAACUUUGGCAAUGUGAAGUCAAAUGCGUUGUGUGAAAGUAAAGCUAUCCAGUUUGCAGCCAUGUGAAUGUAUUUUAGCCAGAGGCGACCCUACCUUUGAUCACCUGUUUUAGCUAACUAACGUUACCUAGCUAAUUAUUAUUAGCAGACACCGCAGUAAGGCUAGUUAAGCCUAUUAGUUGUCCCACUACCCUUUUACAUUAUAGCUACGUUUGUUUUUGUCAUUUUCCUGCUGCAUGGAAGCAUAUGUGGCCUAGCUUCGAUGCAACCUUGGCCGUGUCUAGACUUGACAGUCAUGCAUCUACAACUACAUUUAAAUGUGUCCGGAUUCCUUAUUCUUGCGGUAUAUUCAAAUGCCAGCAUGUAUUCUACAAACAGUGGAAUAGGCAAAAUAUGAUAAUACAACAACGGAUGGCUGUAACUAGCAAGCAACGCUAAAGGGAUAGCAAACGGGUUAGCGUAAGUCUAGACCCAAAAAAUAAAAACUUCCUAAAUAUUCGGUAGCUGUCUAGCAUUUAUGAGGCCAGCAAACACGCUAGGAAGGUAUUUCCUCCAACGGUAGAAUGAAAAGAUGCCUUGGUCCCAAAACACGUUUUCUGGAGACUUGUGGGAGGAGUGGUGUUGACGUCGCCCACUGGAUGCGCUUUCCGUAGACUGAUUGCGUCCAGACUAAGGAGAAAUCCGCACACAAUGCAGCCCUGCCAGAUCUGAACACAAUUAGACCCGUCUUUUCUAUGCGAUCUUCGUAUUCUGAUAGCAGAAGUCGCAUGUUAAUGUAAAGUGUAGACACGAGAAAAUGUCGAAAGUCUCUAGGUUCAGGUUGCAUCGAAGCUAAUGUGGCUGUACUUGAACUUUUCAAAUGUCUCAAUGUGCCUUGGCAUGUCAACUAUCUUGAUCGCUAGGAUUGUCCUUUUACAUUUAAUAAAGCUUGUGUGACCAGAAAUGACAUAAAACAGUUAGCUAGUUGUUUUAGAUUAUAACUUAUUUUGUGACUUGUAAACAACAUUGAUUAUUUCAAUACCAGUUGCAUUCUAGGUGCUUUAUAUGUUGUUGAAUAUUAAUGUGUAUACAUUUUUCAGUCUAUGCUUUUUCUUGGGCAUAUUCAUUAUGCCAAUUCUGUUGCAAAAAGUUUCUCAAACUGAAUCAAACUGAACGAAACCUACCUGAAUUGGUCCAAUAGAAACUCAAGUUUGAAACUAAUUUAGACUAAUGAUUACACCCCUGUUGUGACCUUUUUUCUUUGCGUUCCUUCUCCGUAGCAUCAAUGUCAGUAGCGGACUCUAAACCAAACCUCAGCCAUCUACAGGUGUCAGAGCUCGUGAAGAGGCUCUUUGGCUUGACGCCGUCCCAGAUUCACCCGCUGCCCAGCUACGAUGACCAGAACUUCCACUUGGUGGUCAGUGAGGGAAGCGAGUACGUCCUUAAGGUCAUGAACUCUGCGGACAGUCAGAACCCCACUCUGCUGGAGCUGCAGACUCACGCCAUGACCUUCCUGCACCAGAGGGGGAUUCCUGCCCAGACUGUCCUCCCUACCACCUCAGGACAAGUCAUGAGCCUGGAGGACAUCGGUAUGUAUGAAGCCUGCACAACACAGAGUCAUGGGAUAUGCUCUGGGAAUCAACAGAUGCUGCAGUAUGAUCAUGGUAUAAUUGCAUGUAAGACCUAUUAACAAGACUAGCUGUCCUGAGUCUAGUCCUCGAGUGGAGACCAGAAACCAGUCUUCUCCGUGAUACUUAGUUAGUCAAUAUAUUUAGUAGAAAUGGGCACCUAUAGGGGCAUUCCAUACGAGAGUUGCGCAAAGAUAUUAUGUUUUGGAUCUUCCAGAAAUUAAAUCCAUCGAAAUGAAACCCAAAGGACCUUUCAAUGGAUUUCAUUUAAAAAAGAUCCAAAACAUAAAUAUAUUUUGGCCAAUCUUAUAUGGAAUUGCCCAUAUAUCGAAAACAGUAUAAUUGUUUUGAUACGAUAUGGAUAUAUAUACUGUGUGUGUGUGUGUGUGUAUAUAUAUAUAUAUAUAUAUAGCUCAAAAAAAUAAAGGGAACACUUAAACAACACAAUGUAACUCCAAGUCAAUCACACUUCUGUGAAAUCAAACUGUCCACUUAGGAAGCAACACUGAUUGACAAUACAUGUCACAUGCUGUUGUGCAAAUGGAAUAGACAACAGGUGGAAAUUAUAGGCAAUUAGCGAGACACCCCCAAUAAAGGAGUGGUUCUGCAGGUGGUGACCACAGACCACUUUUCAGUUCCUAUGCUUCCUGGCUGAUGUUUUGGUCACUUUUGAAUGCUGGCGGUGCUUUCACUCUAGUGGUAGCAUGAGAUGGAGUCCACAACCCACACAAGUGGCUCAGGUAGUGCAGCUCAUCCAGGAUGGCACAUCAAUGCGAGCUGUGGCAAGAAGGUUUGCUGUGUCUGUCAGCGUAGUGUCCAGAGCAUGGAGGCGCUACCAGGAGACAGGCCAGUACAUCAGGAGACGUGGAGGAGGCCGUAGGAGGGCAACAACCCAGCAGCAGGACCGCUACCUUCGCCUUUGUGCAAGGAGGAGCAGGAGGAGCACUGCCAGAGCCCUGCAAAAUGACCUCCAGCAGGCCACAAAUGUGCAUGUGUCUGCUCAAACGGUCAGAAACAGACUCCAUGAGGGUGGUAUGAGGGCCCGACGUCCACAGGUGGGGGUUGUGCUUACAGCCCAACACCGUGCAGGACGUUUGGCAUUUGCCAGAGAACACCAAGAUUGGCAAAUUCGCCACUGGCGCCCUGUGCUCUUCACAGAUGAAAGCAGGUUCACACUGAGCACAUGUGACAGACGUGACAGAGUCUGGAGACGCCGUGGAGAACAUUCUGCUGCCUGCAACAUCCUCCAGCAUGACCAGUUUGGCGGUGGGUCAGUCAUGGUGUGGGGUGGCAUUUCUUUGGGGGGCCGCACAGCCCUCCAUGUGCUCGCCAGAGGUAGCCUGACUGCCAUUAGGUACCGAGAUGAGAUCCUCAGACCCCUUGUGAGACCAUAUGCUGGUGCGGUUGGCCCUGGGUUCCUCCUAAUGCAAGACAAUGCUAGACCUCAUGUGGCUGGAGUGUGUCAGCAGUUCCUGCAAGAGGAAGGCAUUGAUGCUAUGGAGUGGCCCGCCCGUUCCCCAGACCUGAAUCCAAUUGAGCACAUCUGGGACAUCAUGUCUCGCUCCAUCCACCAACGCCACAUUGCACCACAGACUGUCCAGGAGUUGGCGGAUGCUUUAGUCCAGGUCUGGGAGGAGAUCCCUCAGGAGACCAUCCGCCACCUCAUCAGGAGCAUGCCCAGGCGUUGUAGGGAGGUCAUACAGGCACGUGGAGGCCACACACACUACUGAGCCUCAUUUUGACUUGUUUUAAGGACAUUACAUCAAAGUUGGAUCAGCCUGUAGUGUGGUUUUCCACUUUAAUUUUGAGUGUGACUCCAAAUCCAGACCUCCAUGGGUUGAUAAAUUUGAUUUCCAUUGAUCAUUUUUGUGUGAUUUUGUUGUCAGCACAUUCGACUAUGUAAAGAAAAAAGUGUUUAAUAAGAUUAUUUCAUUCAUUCAGAUCUAGGAUGUGUUAUUUUAGUGUUCCCUUUAUUUUUUUUGAGCAGUGUAUAUAUAUAUAUAUAUAUAUAUAUAUAUAUAUAUAUAUAUUGCCUUCAGAAUGUAUUCACGCCCCUUGACUUUUUCCACAAUUUGUUGUUAUAGCCUGAAUUUAAAAAGGAUUACAUUGAGAUGUAUUGUCACUAGCCUACACACAAUACCCCAUCAAAGUGGAAUUAUGUUUUUCGACAUUUUUACUGAUUUAAUUAAAAAUGAAAGGCUGAAAUGUCUUGAGUCAUAGAGAAUUCAACAUAUUUGUUAUGGCAAGCCUAAAUAACUUGAGGAGUAGAAAUGUGCUUAACAAGUCACAUAAAUUGCACGGACUCACUCUGUGUGCAAUAAUAGUGUUUAACAUGAUUUUUAAAUGACUACCUCAUCUCUGUACCCCACACAUACAAUUAUCUGUAACGUCCCUCAGUCGAGCAGUGAAUUUCAACCACAAAGACCAGCGAGGUUUUCCAAUGCCUCGCAAAGAAGUGCACCUAUUGGUAGAUUAAGAAAGCAGACAUUGAAUAUCCCUUUGAGCAUGAUGAAAUUAUUAAUUACACUUUGGAUGGUGUAUCAAUACACCCAGUCACUACAAAGAUACAUGCGUCCUUCCUAACUCAGUUGCUGGAGAGGAAGGAAACCGCUCAGGGAUUUCACCAUGAGGCCAAUGGUGACUUUAAAACAGUUACUGAGUUUAAUGGCUGUAAUAGGACAAAACUGAGGAUGGAUCAACAACAUUGUUGUUACUCCACAAUACUAACCUAAUUGACAUAGGGGAAAGAAGGAAGCCUGUAUAGAAUACUAAUUUUCCAAAACAUGCAUCCUGUUUGCAACCAGGCACUACAGUACUACUGCAAAAAAUGUAGCAAAGCAAUUAACUUUCUGUCCUGAAUACAUUUUACAUUUUAGUCAUUUAGCAGACGCUCUUAUCCAGAGCGACUUACAGUUAGUGAAUACAUAUAUAUAUUUGUUUAUACUUGCCCCCCCCGUGGGAAUCGAACCCACAACCCUGGCGUUGCAAACGCCAUGCUCUAUCAACUGAGCUACAUCCCUGCCGGCCAUUCCCUCCCCUACCCUGGACGACGCUGGGCCAAUUGUGCGCCGCCCCAUGGGUCUCCCGGUCGCGGCCGGCUGAGACAGAGCCUGGAUACAAAGUGUUAUGUUUGGGGCAAAUCCAAUACAACACAUUACUGAGUACCACUCUCCAUAUUUUCAAGCAAAGUGGUGGCUGCAUCAUGUUAUGGGUAUGUAAAUGGAAUGGAGCUAAGCACAGGCUAAAUCCUAGAGGAAAACCUGGUUAAGUCUGCUUUCCGACAGACACUGGGAGAUGAAUUCACCUUUCAGCAGGACAAUAACCUAAAACACAAGGCCAAAUCUAUGCUGGAGUUGCUUACCAAGAAGACAGUGAAUGUUCCUGAGUGGCCGAUUUUACAGAUUUGACGUAAAUCUAUGGAAAGACCUGAAAAUGGUUGUCUAGCAUUGAUCAACAACCGAUUUGACAGAGCUUGAAGAAUUUCGAAAAUAAUAAUGGGCAAAUGUUGCACAAUCCAGGUGUGGAAAGCUCUUAGAGACUUACCCAGAAAGACUGAUAGCUGUAAUCACUGCCAAAGGUGAUUCUACAAGGUAUUGACUCAGGGGUGUGAAUAUUUAUGUAAAUGAUAUAUUGCUGUAUUUCAUUUUCUAUACAUUUGCUAACAUUUCUAAAAACAUGUUUUCACUUUGUUAUUCUGUAUUGUGUGUAAAUGGUUAAGAAAAAAAUUAUAUUUAAUCAAUUUUGAAUUCGGGCUGUAACACAACAAAAUGUGGAAUAAGUCAAGUGGUAUGAAUACUUUCUGAAGGCACUGUAUAUCUGUUUGCAAAUAAACAAGUCCAGACAACUGCUUGCUGAUUGCUAUUGGGCCAGGUGUGAGUGUUCUGGGAGCCUGAAACCUACCCAACCAGUCUGAAUACAGUAUUUGGGUGAGUCAUCUACCGGUGAUGACUCAUGCUAACGGUGAUGACUCAUGCUAAGUUGACGGUCUGUGAGAGGGUUUUGUGCAUACAGAAACAGUUGUGCUUUUUUAUAUAAUAGUGUAGGUUAACAGGAAGUAUAAACUGAUAUCAGGAUAUGCCUAGCUCAUAUUGAUUAUAAAAUUAUUACCAUUUUCGAUAUUGGUUCCUGCCACUACUAUUAGUGAUCAACAAAAGUGAUCCCUCACUUGGUUUGAAACAGGGUUGUCAAACUCCAUUCCUGGAGGGCUGUGUGUCUGCGUUAUAUCCUUUCAAUCUGUCCAAUUAAGACCCAGACAACCAGGUUAGGGCAAUUCAUAACUAAUCAGUGACCUUAAGACCCAGACAACCAGGUUAGGGCAGUUCAUAACUAAUCAGUGACCUUAAGACACAGACAUCCAGGUUAGGGCAAUUCAUAACUAAUCAGUGACCUUAAGACACAGACAUCCAGGUUAGGGCAAUUCAUAACUAAUCAGUGACCUUAAGACCCAGACAACCAGGUUAGGGCAAUUCAUAACUAAUCAGUUAUCUUAAUUGAUCAAUCAAGUAUAAGGGAGGAGUGAAAACUUGCAGACAGACACUUGGCCGUCCAGGGUUUGGGUUUGACACCCCGGUGUUAAAGGUGCAUUCAGUUGCUGGAAGUAUGAAUAACAAUACUGCAACACUAGAGGAUCAGACCUGGGGAAACCUUCAAUAAGAGAUCAAACUGAAAUCAUAUCAGUUGCACUGCAUUUUAAUGUCGAGGAGUCAAGCUAGUUUAGCUGAGUAUUAGUACCUCUGGCUAGGUAACAGUCUGAAUAUUAGUACCUCUGGCUAGGUAACAGUCUGAAUAUUAGUACCUCUGGCUAGGUAACAGUCUGAAUAUUAGUACCUCUGGCUAGGUAACAGUCUGAAUAUUAGUAACUCUGGCUAGGUAACAGUCUGAAUAUUAGUACCUCUGGCUAGGUAAACAGUAUGAAUAUUAGUACCUCUGGCUAGGUAAAACUGUCUGACUAUUAGUAACCUAUGGUAGGUAACAGUCUUGAUAUUAGAUACCUUGGCUAUGUAACUGUCUGAAUAUUAGUACCUUGCUAGGUAAAGUAUGAAUAGUAGUACCUCGGCUAGGUAACAGUCGAAUUUAGCCCAAACAAAAAAAAAACUACCUCGGUAGGUAACUAGUUGAAUAUAGACCUCUGGCUAGGUAACGAGUCUGACUAUUAGUACCUCUGGAUAGGUAACAGUUGAAUAUUAGUACCUCUGGCUAGUAACUGUCUGAAUUUAGAACCUCUGGCUAGGUAACUGUCAUGAAUGAUUAGUACCUCUGGCUAGAUAAUUUCGGAAUAUUAGUACCUAUGGCAGGUAAUGUCGAAUAUUAGUCCUCUGGAGAUAGGUAACCGUCUGAGUAUUUAGUAACUCUGGCUAGGUAAACUGUAUAGAAUAUUAGUACCUCUGGCUAGGUAACUGUCUGAAUAGUAGUACCUCUGGCUAGGUAACUGUCUGAAUAGUAGUACCUCUGGCUAGGUAACAGUCUGAAUAUUAGUACCUCUGGCUAGGUAACAGUCUGAAUAUUAGUACCUCUGGCUAGGUAACAGUCUGAAUAUUAGUACCUCUGGCUAGGUAACUGUCACGUUCGUUCAAUGACGGGUCAGACCAAGGCGCAGCGUGAUAUGCGUACAUGUUUAUUAAAGUAAUAAACAACACGACAAAGGAAACGAAACGUGAAGUCCUAAGGUUAGAAUACACAACUAACCUUACCAGGAACAAGAUCCCACAACAAGAUAGUGCCAAUAGGCUGCCUAAGUAUGGGCCCCAAUCAGAGACAACAAGCGACAGCUGCCUCUGAUUGGGAACCACACCGGCCAACAUAGAUCCACACAUACUAGAUCGACAACAUAGAAAAAGCACAACAAGGAAUAUACAGACCCUGACUCAACAUAUAAGCGUCCCCUGAGUCAGGGCGUGACAGUAACAGUCUGAAUAUUAGUACCUCUGGCUAGGUAACAGUCUGAAUAUUAGUACCUCUGGCUAGGUAACUGUCUGAAUAUUAGUACCUCUGGCUAGGUAACUGUCUGAAUAUUAGUACCUCUGGCUAGAUAACUGUCUGAAUAUUAGUACCUCUGGCUAGGUAACUGUCUGAAUAUUAGUACCUCUGGCUAGGUAACAGUCUGAGUAUUAGUACCUCUGGCUAGGUAACUGUCUGAAUAUUAGUACCUCUGGCUAGGUAACUGUCUGAAUAGUAGUACCUCUGGCUAGGUAACUGUCUGAAUAGUAGUACCUCUGGCUAGGUAACAGUCUGAAUAUUAGUACCUCUGGCUAGGUAACGGUCUGAAUAUUAGUACCUCUGGCUAGGUAACAGUCUGAAUAUUAGUACCUCUGGCUAGGUAACUGUCACGUUCGUUCAAUGACGGGUCAGACCAAGGCGCAGCGUGAUAUGCGUACAUGUUUAUUAAAGUAAUAAACAACACGACAAAGGAAACGAAACGUGAAGUCCUAAGGUUAGAAUACACAACUAACCUUACCAGGAACAAGAUCCCACAACAAGAUAGUGCCAAUAGGCUGCCUAAGUAUGGGCCCCAAUCAGAGACAACAAGCGACAGCUGCCUCUGAUUGGGAACCACACCGGCCAACAUAGAUCCACACAUACUAGAUCGACAACAUAGAAAAAGCACAACAAGGAAUAUACAGACCCUGACUCAACAUAUAAGCGUCCCCUGAGUCAGGGCGUGACAGUAACAGUCUGAAUAUUAGUACCUCUGGCUAAGUAACAGUCUGAAUAUUAGUACCUCAGGCUAGGUCACCGUUAGUUAACAGAGUCAGAGCUGCCUUUUAUCUACAAUGCCUCUAGGUAAAUGGCAGAGUUCAUUUAAACGUUGUUGACAAGGAGGGGGUGCAACAGAAUUAGCAUAUAUUCCAAUUUCCCCCAGAGGGCUGCAGAUCUCUUGAAAUUACUAUUUUCUCCUGGUAGACUGCGGCUUUGGCAGGCAGAAGUACCUGGUGAGACUGCUGACCUAUUUACCGGGGACCACCAUCGUCAAAGUGCCCAGCUCUCCACAGAUCCUCUAUGAAGCCGGCAAGAUGGCUGCCAAGAUGGACGCACUCCUGCAGGAAGUAUGAUUAUAUUAAAUUAGUCUGCCUGAGGUGCGUUCAAGUAGGCUAAUGUUUGCAAAUGUUUCUAUUUAAAGUGCAUACAGUUAGGUUGGCAACAUUUAACCUGAAGGGGGUAAGACAUUCAUAACACCCUAAUAAAAACAUUAAUAACCGUUACCUCUCGUGACAUCAAAAAUGAUUUUCACUGCAAUGUCUGGGCUUAUGGUUUGUGCAACAUUGUAGCCUAUAUAGACCUGUUGUGUGGCAGUUGCUGUGGUAAGAGAGAGAAGAGCACCUGGAGGCCUGUGUGUAGCCCAAUCACAAUUGAUAUCCUACGGUCGGGAACUUUCGGCAAAUCUGUCAGUGAACAGAAUGCAGACAAAACAAGCCUUUUGCCAUAUUUCAAAUAAAAUCGCGGGAAAAAACAGGUUGGAAAGCAAAUGGCUCCUGCUGAAAAGAGAAGAGUAAUCUGUUUGUAGGAUACCAAAAUAUAUUGUAUCAAUUUCCAAAUAGGCCUAUUGUGCGAACAGCGUUGUUUUACAAAGUAAAACAAGAGAGAUAUGCUUUUUGGCACGAGAGCAUCGGUCAUCGCUGGAGCUGCGCAUAAAUGAGUCAGUGAGUGAAACUGGAAAGCUUUUUUAGGACUAUAAUUUCCUCCUUAUGUUGUACAGUAUGUGUCUCCACAGACGUAGGCUAUUGAUGGAGUCAAGACAAGGUCGUUUUUAUUGAUCCCAGAAUCUCACUUUGUCAGUAGCAAAUGCGAUGAUAUGCAUGUAAUGCUUUAUUAUAAAGGUGAUUUUCUUUUUCAUACGUUCCGGUACCUCAGAGCCCGCCAGGUCACCCCCCCUUUAGCAAUCACUUUUUGCUCCCACCUCCCGAUUUACAAAUGAAGCACUGCAUAACCCCCUUUAUGAGUAUUGUAGUAUCAUUCAUAACAACCUUUAUAAGACAUUUAUUCAAUAUCAUUCAUGAGGAAAUAAAAUACCCUUUUCUCAUUACAGAACUACUUGAAGGGGGUAUACAAAAGGUAUUCAUAUGAAACCAUUCAUAACAUCUUUAUGAGUGUCGCAAUAUCAUUCAUUCAGUAUCAUAUUCCCUCUUCAAGUACAGAAUGAACCCAGUAAAGUGUUACCUUUAUGUUUGUUAGGUUUGGCUCCGGGCAAACAAAAGUAGCAGCGUUGUAAGAUGUUGAAAAACCAUCACAAUACAAAUUAUUCUAGGAGGCUGAUUCUUAUUCUGUAUUAGCGAAGCAAUUUCCUGCAUAUAGAGAGCAUGAAAAUAGGUUCAGUAGAUAGAAAUAGUUACAAUGGGUUGAAAUAUGCAUUGAACAUACAGUAGAAGUGUAAAACCGGAGACACUUUUUUUUGCUGGAUCGUUUCAGUCUUGUUCGCUUUGAAUGUAUGUGAGCUUUGAACGCACCUCUAAAUGUGGAGCUAACAAAAUAUAAUGAUUUUCUCAGAUUUUCCCUUGCAUGCUCUAUGACCCGUCUGCUACGCGUGAUCAUAUGAUUUCAAUAACUUUUAAUUUAAAUAAUGAGUGAUUUGGCUAACAGAUAUUUCAGCAGCAAAAACGUAAUACAUAAUUUGCUUAUAGCUGUACAACGGUAUGUUUUUAUUGUUGAAGUGUCUAUUCACUGAUCACCAGUAGUUAACUCAGUUCCUGGCUGAUGACAUUAGUAUGUGUUCACAGAUGGAGCAUCCUCAACUCCAGGUACUACAGAGGGAGAAGUUCAUCUGGAGUCUGUCCAACAUCCCUCUUCUGGAGCCAUACGUCCCUCUGAUGGAUGGGGAUCCUGUGCAGCAGGUGAUCAAGUCAAUCAUCCAGCAAUACAAGACUUGUAUACAGCCCAAACUCGGCUCCUUCCGCAAGUGUGAGUGUCUCCCUUCACCAUCUGUUCUGUCGGGGCUCUCUUUAAUAGACCUGGUUCAAUUGGAAGAAAAUGGACUGGAACAGGGAAGGACUACGUGGACUAGUUAAUCAACAAAAGCUAAUUUUAGCUUUCCGUUGUGAAAUAUUUUUAAACGUUUUCCGUUGCAUGCCACAAUGAACAUGACCCUUUUAUUAACAAUGCAACAUGGAACCAGUCUGUUGUAAUGAUUGACAGGUCAGAUGCUGAUACAGGUGGAGAAUGUAAAAGUUUAUAACUGAGCCGUGAAAGCAGAACUGGUGUCAAAUAGUAUUGGUUUUCUUUCAAAUACUUUCAAUGGGCAUGAUUUCGCUUACUCAAUGGACCAAUGGAAUAGGCCCAAAAGUUCAAACCACACCCAUCUGGUACUCCAGGUAGACUCAAGCAAACGCUCAAAACAUUUGAACGAUUAUACUGUUUUAUUUGAGCACACGUCUGGUACUAUUGCGCAUGCAUAUCUGAUAUGUCAGUAAACGUGCAUUUGUCUUUACGUAGGUAUCAACCACGGGGACUUUAAUAACCACAACAUCUUGGUGCAACCAGACGAUUCAGCCACCUACAAAAUCUCUGGCAUCCUGGACUUUGGGCACAUGAGCAGUGGCUACUAUGUGUACGAGCUGGCCAUCGCCAUCAUGUACAUGAUGAUCGAGAACCCCACGCCUCUGGAUGUGGGAAGAGCCGUGCUGGCUGGCUGGGAGAGUGUUCUUCCCCUCAACGAGGCCGAGAGGGACGCCCUCUACCUGCUGGUGCUCUGUCGCUUCUGCCAGUCCCUGGUUCUGGCUCGCCACACUGUGGCCCAGCAGCCGGAGAACGAGGAUUACAUCAUGAUCACCGCCAAGACGGGCAUCCGCCAUCUUUUCCGGCUAUGGGAACUUGGCAAGGAGGAGGUGGAGAGGAGGUGGUUUCAGAGUGCCGCCCAGUAUCCUGGCAAAGACUGA